AUGCUGGCUAUCGCCCUCUGCGAGGCGUCGCUCGCCCCUCCGCGUAAGACUCCUAGCCGCCGCUCCAUCAUCGCUGCUGCCCCGGCGAUUGCGACCGCCCUGCCUGCUUUUGCGGUCAAGGAGACCGGGUAUGCCGCCAACGCGCUCUCCGCCUCGGAGCAGGGCGCCGCCCAGCGCUUCGCCGCUUCGCCGCAGGGCGAGCCGGCGGGCAUCCGCUUCGCUGGCAGCUAUUCCGAUCCGAAUCACCCCGGCUGUCCACGCAAGGUCAAGCUGGCUGGCAAAAAUGCCGUGAUCAUUGGUUCUGACGAGGACGGGAAGGCGUGGAAAGUGAAGGCCGAAGUGAGUGGCCGGCGGCUGCUGAUCGACUUUACGCCCAAGGGCGGGCCGGCGGAUGUGGUUGCCACAUGGACUGGCCUCGGGCUAUCCUUCCCUGACGGCAAUGUGUGGACCAAGGUAUGA